CGAACGCGAGCGAGAGGUGCACGAGGCAGGGACGCGCGCGCGCGGACUUCCAACGAGGUGCUGCUGCUGCUGACGCUCUCUGAAGGCUACUAUGAGGAAGCCACUGGAGUGCUGAAGGACAUCUGGAUUCGGCUGAUUUCCUGCACAGCGGCAGCAGCAUGUAUGGUAUGUGAUAAGCCCGCUAGGCCUGCCGUGACACAGUCUACUAGCUGAGUGUUCCAACAUGGGUCAGCGAUCGCCAUGCAGCCGGAGGAAGCUGCGACCGGUCCGAGUGCUCACGCUCCUCCUCGGCCUCUUAGCAAUAAGCUCUGUUUCUUUCUCCCUUCGUGCCUUCUUCUCAUGGAGCUCGGCCUCCCAGUGGGAGGUGCCACAGGGCCCUGCCCCUCACAGGACACUGCUCUCCACUCAGGUGGACAGCCCCAGCAACUUGUCGGAAGACAUGCCUGAGGCCAUGCGUUCGUCGGCGCCAGCAGAGGCCAACGAGAGUCAGGGGGAGUAUCCUGAGGACCUGUUCACCCUGGAAGAAAGGCGUCGGGGUGCUGUGGUGCUGCACAUGAUCGGCAUGCUCUACAUGUUCAUUGCGCUGGCCAUUGUGUGUGACGAGUUUUUUGUCCCUGCCCUAACCGUCAUCACUGAGAAGUUAGCCAUCUCUGAUGAUGUGGCUGGGGCCACCUUCAUGGCUGCUGGAGGCUCUGCCCCUGAGCUCUUCACCUCGGUGAUCGGCAUGUUCAUCUCGCACAGCAACGUGGGAAUCGGCACCAUUGUGGGCUCAGCUGUCUUCAACAUUCUCUUUGUGAUUGGGAUGUGUGCUGUCUUCUCCAAGGAGAUCCUGAACCUGACGUGGUGGCCCCUCUUCCGGGACGUGUCCUUCUACAUCCUGGAUCUGAUCAUGCUCAUCGUCUUCUUCCUGGACAACUACAUCAGCUACGGGGAGAGCAUUGGGCUGCUUCUGGCCUAUGCCGCCUACGUGCUCUUCAUGAAGUACAAUAGCAAAGUGGAGACGCUUGUCAAGGGCCUGAUGAACCGCAACCAGGUGGUGGAGGUGGUGGAAGCCCAGCCCAAGGUUAGUCCAGUGGCACCGGAGGAUGAGAGCAAACUAUCGGCCAAGCCCCGGCUGCAGAGAGGGGGCAGUUCAGCCUCCCUGCACAACAGCCUGAUGAGAAACAGCAUCUUCCAGCUAAUGAUCCACACACUAGAUCCGCUUAGCGAAGAAUUUGCUGACUCUGAGCUGGGGACUUAUGGCAAGCUAAAAUAUUAUCACUCAAUGACCGAAGAAGGAAAGUUUCGUGAAAAAGCGUCAAUCCUUCACAAAAUUGCCAAAAAGAAAUGCCAAGUAGAAGAUGCCAACGGAGUGGCUGAUAAGAAUCUUCCUAACAGCUCCAGUGUGGAGGUGGAAGUGUCUCCUCCUCUAAAUGGCACUGCGGGGCAAGAGGGUGACACGGGUGAAGAAGAUGAUGAGGAAGAUCAGCCUCUCAGCCUGUCCUGGCCAGAGACCUGUCGCAAGCGCUUUACGUACCUCUUCAUCCUGCCUAUCGUUUUCCCCCUGUGGAUCACACUCCCUGACGUCAGGAAGCCCACAUCCAAGAAGUUUUUCCCCAUCACGUUUCUGGGAGCAAUCUGCUGGAUUGCUGGCUUCUCCUACCUGAUGGUGUGGUGGGCUCACCAGGUUGGUGAGACGAUUGGCAUCACAGAGGAGAUUAUGGGUUUAACGAUCCUGGCAGCUGGAACCUCCAUUCCUGAUCUCAUCACCAGUGUCAUUGUGGCCCGAAAAGGUCUCGGUGACAUGGCUGUGUCCAGUUCUGUUGGUUCCAACAUUUUUGACAUCACCGUGGGGUUACCGUUCCCAUGGCUCUUGUACUCUCUCGUAAACGGCUUGAAGCCCGUAAGGGUGAGCAGUAAUGGACUGUUCUGUGCCAUUGUGCUGCUCUUCCUCAUGCUUCUUUUCGUCAUCAUCUCCAUCGCCGCCUGCAAGUGGAAAAUGAGCAAGCUGCUGGGUUUCAUCAUGUUCCUCCUCUACAUCGUCUUCCUGGUGCUCAGCGUUAUGCUGGAGGACAAAAUCAUCACCUGCCCCGUUUCCAUCUGACCUCCACAUACUGAUACUCGAUCUGUGAACCACCUCUAAAGAAGCCUCAUCCACUUCUAUUCAAACCUUGCAUCGUUACCUGAAAACCCACCCAUGUUUGACAUUUAAUUCGGGAAGCGUGAAUGUAGUGAAAGAUUCUUUGCCAUCGACUUUCUGGGUGCUGGCUUUGCUGCAUUAGAGCUUGUAGGGUUUAGAAAUGCGGGAGUAAACAUUUGUUGGCCCCUAGUGUUGAGCGAUGUAUCAAAAUUUUAGGUUAGCAUGAAUCAAAACCUCUUCGGUAAUUAGAAUAUCCUUUAACUUCUGAAGUACAGUAUCAUAUUGUAAGAAAGCAGCUUUGUUUUUUUCCAUUUAUUUUUUAAAAAAAUAGUUACUGUAGUAAAGGAAUAUAAUUAAAUUAAUUGCAUAGCUGACCACAACUAAUAAAGUGAUGCAAGUCCUGUUGUGACACAUAUUUCAAUGUGUCACAACAGGACAUAUGCUAGCAUCUAGCAUCAUGAUGGCCCUUUUUAAAGAAAGAAGAUAUUAAUUAUUAAUGUAAAUUAAAUAUUUUCAAAUUAAACAGUGUUUGUGUACAAAUAAAUCAUAUUAUUAAUAAUAUAACCAUGAAUAGAUCAUGAUAUAUUUAUAUAUUUAAUAUACACCAUGUAUAUUGUUUUUUAGUCACCCUAUCAAGAUCAAUGGUUAAGCAAUAUUGCUCAGUACUAGGGGCUUACUUAUAAACCAGGGAGAGAAGAGAAAGUGGAAAUGAGAUCUGCUAUGCAUGGCAUUUUGGUUCACUGAAUCUGAUGCCUCUAGAAAACACUGACUUUUCUUCACACCUGUAUCAAAGUGGUCCCAUGGGCAACCUUACACUGGUUGAAACAGCAGCUAAAUGUUGUGUGGGUGCUAACUCACUCAUUGUCACGUCUGCUGGAGACUCUCACAAAUGGGAAGACACUCACAGGGCACUUGUACAGUGGCCAAUGUUUUGUCUUUCAUGAAAACACGCUGAUGUCUGGACAGCAACAAGUUCUAUCAGGCAGUGGCGACCUCAGAUACAACAGAAGAUAUGAAGGCCUCACACGGAUUCAGGAUGUCAUUUUACAUCUAAUAACAGGAUGUCAUUUUGCACUCUAAGUAAUUUAUUUAUUUAUUUGUUUAUUUAUUUCAUAAUUUUUUAUUUAUUUUUGCUUGUGUGUCAAGUGGCCAAGUGACAGUUUUAAGGCUGUUGCUCCAAUAAUGGAUAGUAAGUAGAGCUAGUUGAACCACAGUAUUGACAACAGCAAAAAAAAAUGUACAAUCACUAACUGACUGACUACUUCCAUCAUUUAAAUCAUUCACACACCUGUAUGUAAUGGUAUAGACUGUAAGUAAACUUAGAUUAGACUCUUAAAAUACUAACAUACUAAAUAAGAAUUAAAAAAAAAAACCUUAUCAUCUCCUAGAAAAAAAACAGAAGGGACUUGUGUAUAUGCUUAUAGACAUAGCUCAGUGUCCAAAUAGCCUGUAGAUAUAUACUCUUGCAUUCCUCAGCAGAAGAGGCUAUGUGCAAUAAUCUCCUUAAAUAUGUAAUGCUUAGAGCGCUCAGUGUAUUCUGAAUGGGUUUGAGUGACACUGGAGUUUGAAGUUUUUUGUUUGUUUAAAAAAAAAAAAGACGAUCAUUAAAAUUACAUGCAUGAACAUUCAUGUAGCUUAAUUAAAGCAUAUUGCUCUAAUCACAUGACACUCCAGAUAAACAUUUUCAUCAGUGAUUUUCAGAAUGAUUAUUCUUUUGAGUUUAAAAGGGUAUUCACUUACUGUAAUAUGAUAGAACUGUCUACAGGUAUCCUGUAAUCUUGAUCAAUUAUUACUCCUGUGCAAUCGGUUUUUUAAGGAUACUGGAAAGGUAUGUGUACAUACGUAAAAAGUUCCAAACUACUUAUUUAUUAGUCUCCCCAUUGUUUCACAGCAGGUCUGGACCUAGUUGUUAUAUUUAACCUACAGCUACAUUCACCCUGUAAUAGUACUCAGUAAUACAGACAUAGAAAGCAUUGGUAUUGACUCAGUACUCAAUGAUACAGUCGUUUACUAUGUUUACAUGCUCACCAGUGAUUCGAUAUCAAGUGCACAGCUGCUAAUCUGAUUAAGACAUGAACUGUUUGGUGUCAUUGUCUGACGAAGGUCUUAGUUCAAGUGUGAUUAAAAUGUGAGAUCCAGGCUGAUGUUGACCAGUCUAUCGAGAUUUGGUGGAAAGCGCUUAGAAAGCUCCACUGGCUCGCCUGGAGUUUUUGCAGAAUUAACUGACGAUUAGUUUUCUGACUGUUUCAUGAAUGGGCCUGUAAAAAAUAGUUUAGUAUAUACUGCUUAUGUGUUGGAGAUUUUUGUGUGAUUUACUUAGUUACUACUUACUGAGCACAAUCAUUACACAUAAUGUAGUAGGCUAUUUCAGACAGGUCUGGUGUCAUAAGUUGUCUCAUGAUAUAUAGGUCAGUAUAGUAAUUUUUACUUACUGAGUACUGUACUGUAUACAGUUCUAAGGAGUAGAAUGCUGUAGACAGUAUAUACUGGUACAGUAUGAAGAAUACUAUUUUAAAUAAUCAAAUAUUAAUGGGAAAGAAAUUAGGCAAAAAGUGGCUUAAACCUUUUAGGGAGAAAGAGACACCCCACGUUAGCCAUGAACAGUGUAGAAAUAUGCAUCAUGAGAUGGACUAGAUGGAAGGAAACAAAGGAACAGUGAGAUUUUCAAAUGGCAGGAAACUCAUAGGCAUAUAAACCCAUGCAUGUUCUGUAAACUGGGACUGUGCUGCUGUGCAUGUAAACAAGACUGUAAAUGGACUGGUCUUUUAUACUGCUCAUGUAAAUGCGUUGGUUUGGUCCAAUUUGUUGUGCACAUGUAAACUUAGUAACUGCUACAGACUCCAGUGGCACUGAUGGCCUUUAGCACUGCUACAGACAUUGAAUUCAAUGGUAUGGAUUCACUAAUCAAUGGUACAGUCUUGGCUGUACUGACUCAGAACACUUUAAUGUAGACUCACAUUUCAGUAUAGAUUGGUAUAGACUCCUCACUGUUAUACACUAACUGUUCUAAUUCCCGCAGCUACAUUGAUGAGGGUGGGGGGUGCAGAUAGAGUUCCACAUCACGGCUGGACAUGUUAUAAACCGUGCUGGAUAUAUGGGGACACUGAACUGCAAAGAUGAGAGGAUACUGCUCUUCAUUCACUAUAUGCAUUAUUUAUUGAAGGCUGAAACUUUUGUAAAUACAGUAGAUAUACAUAGUAUAGAUAUAUUACAAAUAGAAGCAGGCCGAUGGUCUUACAAUUCCUGAGAUGUACUGUACGUGUCUAUUUAUGUACAUAGACAUUAUCGUUGCUAUUUUUUCAACUGGAAGCUAUAUCGAAGACUUCAUACUAUGUGACGCUUAUGGAUUUUCUGAACAUCUUUGAGUGCGUUUGGUCGUUUUGGCAGAUACUGCUGCGGUCUGCAGCAUGCUUUUAUUUUAUGACAAAAUAUUACAUCUCUCUUUUUUUUUUUUUUACUGGAAUGUGUAAUUAGGGUAUUAAAGGGGGGCUUUAAAAACCACAUUGCCUCUUUGAAGUGUACAAAGAUGGAAAGUUUUAUAUUACAUGAUUUCUGCCAUGUUUUUACUGUAAACUUUCCUUUCUUUCUCCAGCACCUGUAACCAUUAAUAUUCAAGUGCUCUAUCUUUUCCUUCUGGUUUCUUUCUUUCAAUUUGACUCCAGUGCAUUUUGUAUGAUUGGGAGGUUUUGCUUGCUCCUCUUUUGUGCUUUAUUCAUUUAUUGUUUGUUUCUUUGCCAUCCUCAUACUGAUUGACACCUUUAUCUGAAAAUAGGUUUGCCUCUGCACGUUCUGGGACAUUUUUGCCUCAUUUGGACUUAAUAUUUUACUUACUCAACACCUUCAUUUAUAGAAACAUGUAAUAUACUACAUUGGCUGUGUAGAUAAAAGCAAUUAGAGAUUUAAAAAGCAAGAUUUCACCUGGAAAUUUGUGAGUUCCACUUUCUUUUUUUUUUUCAGGCAGUUCAGA